CCCAAUCAAAUUCAGCACCAAAAAAAGAAAAAUCACAUUAAAAAAAUACGGAAAAAAAAGAAAGAUGAAGAAUUUCGGAAUAUUACUCUCUUUUCUUUUCAUUCUCCUUGCCUCUACAGAGGUCCGCUUCUCCAGAGCCGACGCUUCGCCGGAGGCCGUCCGCGACAUCGACGGCAAGAAGCUCCGAGCCGGCGUGAACUACUACAUCCUCCCUGUUAUCCGCGGCAGAGGCGGCGGUCUAACCCUAAGCAACCUCCAAUCGGAGAACUGUCCAGUGAACGUCGUUCAAGAACAAUUCGAAUUAAUGAACGGAUUUCCAACAACAUUUUUGCCUGUAAACCCUAAAAAAGGAGUGGUUCGAGUUUCGACGGAUUUGAAUGUGCAAUUCGAGGCGAGUACGAUCUGCGCGACAUCGACGGUGUGGAAAUUGGACAAAGUGGACGAAUCGACAGGACAAUGGUUCGUGACGAUCGGCGGAAGCAGAGGAAAUCCAGGGGUGGAGACGGUGGAUAAUUGGUUCAAAAUUGUGAAACACGGUAAGGAUUACAAGUUAGUGUUCUGUCCAAGUGUAUGCGAUUUCUGUAAAGUGAUGUGCAGAGAUAUUGGAAUCUUCUUCAAGAAUGGAAAGAGGGCUUUGGCUUUGAGCGAUACGCCAUUCCCUGUUAUGUUCAAGAAAGUUUGAUUUGAAAUUGAAAGUUGAUUGAAUUCUGAACUUGAUCUCCGUUAAUGUGUGUGUGUGUAAUAAUUACGAGUUUGUGAAAUCAUUUGUGUUAAUCAUUGCAGUGUCGUUUAUCUAAAUAAAAGAACUGGUCAUUGUUAAUUUAUUAAGUAUUUUUCUUUCUCAAAG